UAACCUGCUGCAGUGCGACAACAAGGACGAAUAAGCGCUGCAGUUACAGAUGAAACUAGCAAGCUUUUAUUCGUCUAAAGUAUUUUAGGAAGUGGAAGCUUAGUGACAGUGUGACUUGUCGAUAGUAUUUCUUCCACGUUUAGUCUACGCUACCGUGUUACUGGACUUAGGAGUACACCAACGUCAAAGCUAAGGAGUUACUUAAGCUAGCACUUAUGCUAGCUAAAUAAGGCUAGUGCUGCCUUCCAGGACUGUAGGAAAUAUUGUAGGUACUGGCGGAGUUACAUCUGAAGGCUCCUUUAAGGCCUAGUAGUUUUGCAGAAAAUUUUGAUUCCUGGUCAUUUUCUUAGAUGCAGGGGCGGCUGUGGCUCAGGUGGUAGAGCGGGUCCUAGUCAUGUGCUGUUUUGUCCUUGGGCAAGACACUUUACCCACCUUGCCUCCAGUGCUGCUACUCACACUGGAGUAUGAAUGCGUAUGAAUGUUGGUGGUGGAUGUCGGAGGGGCCGUAGGUGCGGCCUGGCAGCCACGCUUCCGUCAGCCUGCCCCAGGGCAGCUGUGGAUACAGAUGUAGUUUACCACCACCAGAGUGAGAAUGUGUGAGUGAAUGAAUAAUGGAUCCAUUGUACGCGCUUUGAGUAUGCCUUAAUAGAAAAGCGCUAUAUAAAUCUAAUCCAUUAUUAUUAUUAUCGUGAAAUUCCCUGCAGUCCUACUUUAAUCAAACGUCUCAAGUAAAAAAAAAAAAGACGAUAUCUGCGCGUAUCUUAUAACGUAUCCAGACCAUGAUGUUUAAAUUACGUAACCUGAAGGACACCGCAACAUCCACUUGCACUUGAGUGAUAAUAUUCGACUGGCCACAUUGCUGGUGGUCGUAACGUGCGGUUUGGACCUGCUCGCAAGACGUUUACGAGGAGUACCUGAAGGCAGCAGAUCCUGUCCCGUCCCGCAAAGUUAGCUAGCAUUAGCAGAGGAUGCAGCUAGCCGGCAGGAGAAGACCGCAGCAUCAGCAUCACCCUCACACAAUGACAUAAAAUAUUCACCGGAUUGGAUUACUGUACGAGACGACGGUGGGGAAUUUCUCCAACACGGGAUAAAGAUGAGUCGCUUCUGCUCAGACAACAACAACUUUCCCUAUGACAACAAUGUCCUAGUUUUGGACAUGGUGCUGGGCUCUCUGUGGGGAGUGCCUCAGCCCAUAAACUGGGACAAUGUAGCCAAGCUAGUACCAGGCUUCACUCCCAAGGAGUGUGCCCGUCGAUUUGAGGAGCUGAAGAGCACAGGAGGAUUUCCUAACGUGGACAACCAAUGUAACGCCCUGACAGAAGGAAACAUUUCCUCUUCAGAUGGCCUGUCCACGCUGCUGGACCCUGGGGAGGUGGUGGACAGAGGAAACAGCCAGAGCAGCAGCAAAGUUACAGGCUCCAAGUCGACGCCUUCAGGAAGGGGUGGUGCUAUAGAGAAGAAAGAGAAAAGAGUCUCAGUAGAGGAAGAAGACAAACCUCAGAAGCCACGAGAUCCCAACAUGGUCAUCCAUGUGUGCGAUGAGACCAAGAACCUGAAGCAGGACUUCACAUGUCCUAGAGAUCUUCUUGUCAAAGAGAUGCGCUACUUUGCUGAGUAUUUGUCUGUGGACCCUCAGAGGUGGGAAGAGGUGGACAUCUCAGUACACUGCGACGUUCAGAUCUUCGACUGGCUCAUGAACUACGUCAGGAGGAACUCUGCAGGAGAGGGUAACAAGGACAAGCCACGGCUCGAGCCCAGCAAUGUGAUCUCAAUCCUGAUCUCCUCCGAGUUCUUGAAGAUGGAUACGUUAGUGGAGGAGUGCAUCCAGUACUGCCACAAACACAUGAGCGCCAUUGUGGCCACACCCUGCAACAUGAACUGUAUUAAUAGCAACCUGGCAACACGGAUCGCUGAGCUGUUCAACCACAACGAGGCAGAUGACAUCAGGGACAAAAAAGACAAGUUCAAGAGCAAACUCUUCCAAAAGAAAAUUGAGCGUCUCUUCGAUCCCAACUGCCAGAACAGAGAUUCACCGGGAAAUGCCUCGACUCUUUACAGAUGUGGUCUGUGCCUUAAGCUGCUGACCAAAGACACAGAGAAGAAGAUUUCUUGUAUCCCAGGGAAAAUCAACAUUGAUGCUCGUGGAGAGAUCAUCUAUACACACACUAGACAGAAGAGCUGGGAUGUGCAUGAAUACAUGACAGGCCUGUAUGAGGAGCUCAAGUCCUGGGUCCUAGUUUACUGGAGAAUCUGGGGUACUAUCAACUACCUCACCUGCUCCCGAUGCCAGCAGGUGUUUGUGUGUGCAGAGCUGACCCGUUGCAAGUACCACCAAGACAGUGUGCUGUAUCCUGGCAUGGGUACAGAUAAAGGCUGGCAUGGUGCAGGAAUAUAUCCCUGCUGCAACCAGCGGGUUCUCCGCUUUGACCCCACUGGGAUGCCCAAGGGCUGUAAGAUGCGAGAUCACAUUGUGAACGUACCAGAUGAGGAGAACUGUGACGAGGCGACGUCUGCACAGACCAGAGUCCUCAAUGACCUGCUGCUGCACAGAGAUGCAGUGUGUUUGUGUCACACACCACCUGCAGAGGGUGCUGAGGAGAGUCUGCCUGGUGCAGAAAAGGUUCAGGACUGCGACGUUCUCUUGGAGCCAACACUCCUCGGUCCUCUGAGAGGAGACGGCAGCACUUUUUCCCUUUUGAAAAACUGGAGUCUUCAACUGAGGCAGCAGUCUCUCCUGUCAGAGGAUGAGGAGUACACCACCGGGUCAGAGGUCACUGAAGAUGAGGUGGGGGACGAAGAGGAGCAGUCCAAGAAACAAGCUGCUAAGAAGGCCAAGAAGGCCCACAGACCUCUGAAAAAACAAAUGUCUUCGCCAAACUUCCAACGCAAAGAAAAAUCUGAGAAAUCGCAGACCAGGGACAACACACCUUUCAUAGUGAGUGUCCAGAAGAGUAAGUGGGACAGCUCUCGCUCUAUGCGCUACAACCAGGACGCUCAGAGAGAAGAAGACCAGCGUCGCAUGGUGGAGAUCGUCGGCUACCUGACUAAGAUGAGGUUUGGAGAGCAGGAACAGAGUAAAUCCAAGGAUACUAAAGAGCCUGCAGGGGGAAUCUACUCCAGACUGGAAGCACAGUUUAAGAGUGCCUCUCAGAGCAGACAGAGUUCAGAAAAGGCACCCAGAUCUAAAAUCCGUUACGCUCAGAUCCGAACAACAUAAAAGACUGGAUGAGAUAAAUAUCCAUCGAGCUGUUCAGAAGGCCAGCGUUAGACCAGGUGAAGAGGACAAAGAGGAAGAGGAGAGUCCUUCUGUGAGGGCUCAGCGCAGCAACAUGCCGUCCUCCUGGCAGCCCCUCCAGCACGGCCACCACUUAUAACCCAGCUGUGGACCCCCUCAGACCUCCCCUUGUCAGUCCCGUUCCCUCGCUUCUCUGCUUUACUCAGGUGACUACGUAUGGAUCACCAUCAGCCGCAUUCUCUGUCACUCAGCUUGCUGUUUGUUUGUGCAGCUGUGGCCAGUCUGUGAAAAACAAGGUGAACUGUGGAUCCAGCUCAGCUCGUAGAAAACGCACUCUGACUUCUUCUCAGUGUUUCUGCAGACGUAGAUGUGUGGGGGCAACAUGACGCACAUAUGGAAGUCUUUUUCUGUCAGUCAAAGAAAUAAAAAUGAAAGUAAGUCGCGAUUCUAAAAAUAUGAUGUGAUAAGUCAGAAUUUUAAGUAAGGUGAGAACACUUGCUAAGUCAAAAUGAUAAGGUAACAAGAAAAUUAUGAUGAAAAGUCGCAAUAUUGAGAACAAAAAAAAUACAGUUAUUAUUGUAAAGGUCAUAACUGUGGCUAAGUCCGGAACAUUUUCAUGAAAAUUCAAAAAUUAAGAGAUUAAAUUUCUAAAUUAUUAAGAUAAUUUAAAUAAUGAGGUAAAAAUCUAAAUCAUGAGAUUAAAAAAAAUGUCAAAAUUAUGAGAAACCAAAAUAAUGGGAUGAGAAAAAUUGAUAUUAAAAAAGUUUUUUGUUUUUUUUAAAAGCUUGCUGUAUAAACAAAAAACCUUUUUACCGUAGGCUUUUUAAAAACAUGUCUUUCUUGAUAUAUGUACUGUUAAUAUUUUGUUGUUCUGAGAGGAAUGGGCUUCUGUAGGUCUGUAAGUUCUUGCAUUUCUGAAGUGACUCUAAUGUUGACCUCCACACUAGUUUGAGAGUGAGUUCAGAGGUGCAGAAACUUUGGUUUAUUUGAAUGAACCUGCUGAUGGCAGAGCUUCAGGACCUUCCACUGAUGUCUAACUACUAAUCCUCAUUGUGUUCUGUGCUGAAGCAUCUGCUCAUCUGAUGCUGCACCUACGUACUAACGUCCCCCAGUUCUGGUAGAGAUCUAGCUCUAGUCAUUCCUAUGUGUACUGGAAUGUGCCUGUACUGUUCAACACUGGGACCAAUAAAACAGAAAUGACACUGAACUGCACUCAGAGCCUCAUUUGACAGCUCGUGUCUGGUUUUUGUCCACUUGGUGGCAGCAGUUCACCUCAACGGAGUAACCCAGCUCCCAGUAAUCAACUUUGCCCCAGUUUGACCAGGACCUGUCUGCUCUGCUCCAACAGGGGGGCAGGUGAUAUUGAAGAUUUUAAACAGCAGUCAAAGAGUGGUGAAGUGUCAGUUUUGGGCCUCAGUGUGGCUGUUUUUUUUGUUGUUGUUGUUCUUGUUUUUGUCUGAAAACACAACAAGGAGCAGCUUGUGAAAGGCCUGGGUAGGGGCUGGUAUGUGCCAUUGGGUAGAGGGUCAACUGGCCUCUGCUGGAGAGGCAGCGAGCGGUGGGUGUGCUAACCUGGCUCUUCCUGUCAGACUUACUCACAGGGGUAUUAAUAACCCUGCCUGCCCACAGAGCAGGGCAUGAGGGGCGUUGAGCAGGCGAAGUGGGCAUUUUUUCUCCCUGUAGGCGGGGGCUACCCCAGCUGUUCCCUCUUCUCCUCGACAGCGGAUGCCGAGAAUGGCUGAGGAUCUCUGGAUCUGGGUCAGGAAGAAAGGGAGGGGGGGUCCAGUUACAGCCGGACUGAAUUAUGGUCCCACAGAGAUGGUUAGAUAUAAGAGCAUCAAAGUCGACAUGAACAGGAACGCAGAAAUGCUGAGUCCACCAAAGACUACAGGCCCUGUAAAAGUCAAACGUUGCCACUAAUAUGACCAGAAACCUUUUCUAGAACUCUUCGCAGCUUCAGUAGGUCCCUGAAGUCCAGGUCGACACGCUGGUUUCUAACGAAAUGAACCAAAGCCCCGCUGAGUGUGAUAGUGAAUUAUCUGCCAACAUGAAAGCCCAGCAGCUCUCUCUCUGGUUGCAUCAGAGCUGACAGGUUGUGGGAUUGCAUCAGAUGAGCGUUUCAACUUUCAGCGGCAGAGCGUCAUCGUAACCUUUAAUGUAAUACCAGUAUGUUAACAGGGAUUAGUGGCAGAGUCAGCUUACACAGCAGCAACCUUGGCCAAAGAUGUCAGGGAGGAAGCUGCCGGAUGCUGCGUGGCGAGUGUGACAGAUGUCAUCCAUCAUCGUUAUCAUCAUCAGCAGCAGCUCUUCUUUUUAGGAUUUGUCAGUCACUGUUCCCUCUAAGCUGCGCGCGUGCGCAAUUGCGCACUGCUGACACGCUCUCCGUGCACAGAAAAUCUAACCAACCUAAAUUGUAAAUAAAAUAAACACGUAACAAUUCAUUCUGUGCUAUUUUUCAGUGUGAGUCAGUGAGUUACCGGUGACUGGCUGCUGCAGCCAAUGAUGCGAUUCACAUACGUAUUUACCAUAGACUGUAUAUAAUGGUAUUUACGCAGCUAAUCAACGUCAGGCGUCCUUAUGUGCAGCCAUCGUUGUUGUCAUAGAUAUGAAUGAGUAGAUAGGACACGCCCCUUUGAGCUGCGUGCUACAGCGAGGCUAAGCUAGUGGGGGAAAAGUUUCAGUGCAUUCCGUAGAAGCGUGAAAACGGAAACAACAAGUAUGCCGGCUCACUGUGCUGCAUACAAUUACACACUACGUCAUACGAUUGAGACAAGGAAACUUGGAAUGACUUUUCAUAGGUUUCCCAGAGACUAUGGGUUGAGGAGGAAGUGGAAGUUUGUCGGCUUAGACUUGGUGUCAUUCCAUCAGAGUUUAACUUCCCGGCUCAUCUUUGAAGAGUAUGUGCCAGAAAGACCACGACCAAGCAGCCUUGAGAUCUUAGACAGCGUCUCCCUGAGGUCCCUCUCUAUCUCCCUACACAUCCACCAACCACUGGAACACAUCUCCAAAGUUCUGCUGGGCCAGCUCAGCUUCCCCUCAGAAGAAGUUCCGCCAGAUGAAGGAGCCUUUUGAGAGGCAGCUGGCAUCGUGAUUGGACUGUACUUUGGUCUGUUCCAAUCCAGCUUCAGCUCCAGAGACGGCAGGCGGGACGAGUCAACGGAGGCCAGGUGGACGAAGGCUGCAGCUGAGUACAAUCCAGAAAACAACAGAGGAGGAGUGCAGCUGCCCAGGACCAGAACAAGCAGAGUAUGUCUCUUAGAAAACAUCAUAGUACAGCCUUUGGUAUGAAAAAACGCCAUCAUAUACAUCGUAGAUUGUACAAAUAACAAGUCAAAGGAAAGAGACAUACAUUGUAGAAUUGUAGUAAUUGUGGGCUGACUGAUUUACUGAUUAUCAGUAUUUUAUUUUUUACUGAUUUACGGUAAUAAAUACAUUUAAAAAUGG